CUGUUCUGUGCAGAGAGGAACACAGAUGCGCUGAAAUGCUUGGAUAAAAGAUGCUCUGAUUUUCCAAUACAUGUCUCUAUCUUCUCCCUGUGGAAUGAUGCAUCUAAUGAUGGAUAGAGUCAGUUUGCUGUGCUGCAUCUUACACUGGACACAGGCAUUCCUCCUGUCCCCAGCUUCUUCUUGGAGUAAAGGAACAAAACUCAGAAGACCUGUCUUCUCUGGAUCAGUGCUGGAGAACUGGCCAGUUGGCACCAAAGUAAAUGGUUUGAACAUCCAUCUGAACAGGAUUAACCCCGAACCCUGGUGCUCCAAUGUAGCAGGACGCAAACUCCACCUGCAACUCCUGGGGGAGGAGAAGUCUCGUUUUGAGGUCUACUUUCAUCACAGGUCUACUCAACUGUCCCUUAAGACCACACAGGUCUUGGAUAGAGAGGAGAGGUCCAGGUAUCUCUUUAAAUUGGGUCUAUGUUGCAAACUAUGUAUCUCCCAGGAGAACAUUGUCACAGAAUUGGCUGUGGUGACCAUACACGUGUUGGAUAUGAAUGACAACGCUCCUCAGUUUACUCCCACCAGCCUCAACCUCUCCAAGAUAAGCCUAGAUGAAACCACAGGGCUCAAGUCUGUGGUCCACAAGGUGAGUGCUUAUGACCCUGACCAUGGCUCCAACGCUGACCUGGUCUACUUUGCAGAUCCCACCAGCAGCUACUUCUUUGUCAUCCCCAAGACAGGUCAGGUGGUCUUGGUAAAGUCCAUUCUGGACCUCAAGAAGAACAUUAACUUAACAAUCUUUGCCAGAGACCAUGGCCAACCACCAUUGGUGAGUGCUCCUCUAGAAGUGCAGAUCUGUCCCAAGAUGAAGAAGUUUUCUUUGUCCAGCAAAGGGGAUGCAUAUCAUGGACAUUUUAAAAUCAAGAGGUCAACAGCUGAUUCUUACUAUGCCAUCUCCAUCCCUGAAGAUGCCCCUGUGGGCUCCUUGGUCACAACGUUGAUCCCCAGAGAAUACAAUGUAUCAGUUUUUGAGCUGCUUUCCUCAAGUCCUGGAGAUUCUCCUAUUGCAGUGAACAGAGAGACUGGAGAGGUUACAGUGUUCAGGACCCUGGACAGAGAACGCACAGCAAGCUAUGAGUGUCUCAUCAAAGUGUUGGACAGAAUUGGGAAAGGUUCGUACAUUAUCCACCUGGCACUAACGAUAAUGGAUGUUAAUGAUGAACAUCCCGAAUGGACAAUGGAACCAUCUCCCUUCUUAGCGGUGGUGUUACCGUCAUCCCCACCCAGGACGCGUGUGUACAGACUACAUGCUAUUGAUAAAGAUGAAGGAAUAAAUGGAGAAAUCGAGUAUUUUCUGCUUCAAGGUGGAGAAGGUAGAUUUUCUGUUGACCAGAACACUGGUUGGAUACAAACUACUGGAGGGACUCUGGUGGAAGACCACGAGUAUACACUUACUGUGCAGGCUGCUGAUAAAUUUGGAAUGAGGAGUACCCCAGUCACAGUGUCUGUGUUCACAGGUCCCAGACCUCCCCAGUUUAAACAAGUUUCAUACAUUGUACACGUGCCAGAAACGACCCCACCUGGGCUUACGUUGGUGACUGCAUCUGCUCUGUCACAUCAAAACAAGACCUUGACGUACAGUUUGUCUGCAAAUCCCCACGGUUUAUUCCAUAUUGAUCCGCUCACUGGGGAGGUGGCACUAACCCAAACUGUGGAUUUUGAGAGUGAUCCGCAUCGGUUCGUCUUGGUUGUUGCGGCUACAGAAACCUUGGAGCAGCUGGAGAGUAUUACAGAGGUGGUGGUUGAAAUCACAGAUGUCAAUGACUGCACCCCAGAGUUCCAACAGACAAUCUACAGCAAAGAUAAUGUCCCGGAGACCGUACCUGUGUCAGCCUCUCUUUUACAAGUGAUGGCCACUGACUGUGAUUCCGGUUUGAACGGAGAGGUUUCCUAUUACACUCUGAGCCCUGACUUCAGCAUCUCCGAACAGGGUACCAUUAGCCCAGCAAGGGAGUUAGAUUACGAGAGGCCCAACCAUCUGUAUGAAUUUGUAAUCCUGGCAAUAGACCAAGGAGAGGAACCAAAGACUGGGACAGCUACAGUGCGGAUACGAAUCGCCAAUGUGAAUGACAAAGCUCCGGAAUUCUCUCAAACAAUAUAUAGAACGUUUGUAUCAGAAGAUGCCGGACCCAACACUUUGGUUGCAACUGUACAUGCCUUCGAUCCAGACGGGGAUCAGGUGAUAUAUGACAUUCUGGAUGGAAACCGGGAAGGGAAUUUUAAUAUAGAUCCUCAAAAAGGAAUAAUCCGACUUAGUUCAAGCCUUCGUCCCAGGCUUCAUGGUGCUGAGUAUGUGUUGCAUGUAACCGCUACUGAUGACAAUGCCUCUGGUGGACCACACAGCCUCACUGGCACGACCACAGUUAUUGUGCGAGUGGAUGACAUCAACCACAACAAGCCUGUUUUUCAUAAGUGUGCUCACUAUCGGCAUCACACUUCUGUUCUGGAGAACCAACCACCCGGGACGGUGGUGCUGCAGGUGGAGGCAAUGGAUGCUGAUCACGGAGUCAACGGGCAAGUGAAGUAUGGGAUUGUCCAUCGAGAAGGCUCGCUUCCUUCUUUCAGCAUUCAUCCAGAUACAGGCGUUCUUACCACCCUUCAGAGAUUUGAUCGAGAGAAGCAGAAAGAAUUCCCUGUGACCAUCAAGGCAACAGACCAAGCAGCGGAACCCCUCAUUGGACUCUGCCAAAUCAGCAUACAGAUCCUGGACCAAAAUGACAAUGAUCCCAGCUUCGAGAACAACCACUACGAAUAUUUCCUGAGAGAAGAUACCACCGUGGGAACAAGUUUUCUCCGCGUUGCUGCUCGAGAUGAUGAUUACGGUGUAAACGGACUCAUCACGUACACAGUGGCUGAAGAGGAACCAAGCACCUUCCAAAUUAACAGUACUACAGGGUGGCUUUACGUCAGCCGGCAAAUACCUCGGAAGUCUAUUAUAACUCAAGAGGUCAUUGCAACUGAUGGAGGUAACAGGAGCACACGUGUUGAAGUAAUUGUUCGAGUUACGGAUGCCCAAAACCAGCCUCCAGUAUGGGAGAAGGACCGAUACGAGCUAGUGGUUCCAGAGAAUACUCUAAGAGACACGUCUGUUGUGACCAUUAAAGCCUCUUCUCUACUGGGAGAUCCUCGUGUGACAUACACAUUAGAGGAAGGUUUGGUCCCAGAAAGUAACAUGCCUGUGCGUUUCUACCUGACUGUAAACCGUGAAGAAGGUUCGGCAUCUGUGCUUGUAGCAGAGCCCUUGGACUAUGAGACAACCAAGAACUUCAUCCUGAAGAUUCGCGCACAGAAUGUUUCUCCAGUACCUCUUGCUGCCUUCACUACAAUUCUUAUUAACAUUACAGAUGUGAAUGACAAUGUACCAUUCUUCACUUCAUCUAUCUACGAAGCCACUGUUACUGAAGGAGCUGAAUUGGGAACACUCGUCCUUCAAGUGUCUGCAUCUGACCAAGACCUUGGUCUGAAUGGAGAGAUCACCUAUUCUAUUUUGGAAGAUCGCAGUGGGGACCAUGCCCUGUUCCACAUUGAUUCUCAAACGGGUGCAAUAUACACAGCUGCGGUGUUUGACCGAGAGACAAAGGGUUCGUAUCUCCUGGAAGUGAAAUCAUCAGAUGGAUCAGAGUCUGCUCGGCCAGGAAAACAUGGACAGCCUAACUCUGACACGGCGUACGUGCGUAUUUUCAUCAGCGAUGUCAACGAUAACCGGCCUGCGUUCACUCAGAGCACCUACUAUGCUAAUGUGGCUGAGGAUCGGGAUGUGGGAUCCAUUGUAAUUAGCGUCACUGCUAGUGACCCCGAUGAAGGUAUGAAUGCAAACAUCCGAUAUCAGAUCACAGCUGGAAACAAAGGUGGCGUGCUGGAUGUAGACCCCGAAACAGGUGCCGUCUUCAUCUUCCAACCAUUGAAUUACGAGGAGGUCCAAGUUUAUGAACUUAGUGUUUUGGCAUCAGAUGGCAAAUGGGAAGAUUAUGCCACGGUUAUCCUCAAUGUACUGAAUAAGAAUGACGAGGCCCCAGUUUUCACACUAAAUGAGUACCAAGGACAUGUAAUGGAGGAACUGUUCGAUUUACCUGUUUUCGUGCUACAGGUUUCAGCUAAGGACCCUGAUUAUGAUGAACAAGGAACCAUCAAGUAUUCUCUCCAUGGGAAUGGUGCUAAUAACAUAUUUACCAUUGAUGAAAGGAUAGGAAAUAUUUUUGCACAAAAAACCCUGGACCGUGAAGACCAUGCUGUUUGGAGAUUUGUGGUAUUGGCAACUGAUGAAGAAGGAGAUGGACUCACUGGGUUUGCUGAUGUUAUCAUCCAUGUAGACGAUGUCAAUGAUAAUGCUCCUCAGUUCACUUGUGCCAUUACAAACUGCAGUGGGAACGUGCUAGAGCAUGCACAAGCAAACACUACCAUCUUGGAGAUGAACGCAGUAGACAAAGACGAUAAAACUGAAGAAUCCAAUGCAAUUUUGACUUUUUCCAUCCUUAAUAGUCCAUUGGAUCCAUUAGGGCAGAGUUUGUUUGCAAUAGAUGAAAGCUCUGGCACUAUUUAUACAGCUUUUGGAAACCUUGACAGAGAAGAGAAUGAUACUUACUAUCUUCUCAUUGAAGUCAAAGAUGGAGGUGGAUUGACUACAACAGGAACAGCCACUAUUAAUGUUUUAGAUGUCAAUGAUCAUGCCCCACGAUUUACCCAAGACAGCUGGAAUGCUAUGGUCUUGGAGACCAGUGACAUCAACUCGGUUGUCCUUCAGUUGAUGGCAAUCGAUGAUGAUGUUGGGGAGAAUGCUCUACUUACCUUCAGCAUUAUUGGAGGAGACCCAGAUCACGUGUUCUCCAUUGGAAGUAAUAAAAAGAACAAGCAGGCAGAAAUCAAGCUGAAGAAGAAAUUAGACUAUGAGAUCCCUCAGGAACGCAGGUUUAACUUGACUAUUAAAGUAGAGGAUCGUGAUUUUUCCACAACUUCCCAUUGUUUGAUAGAGUUGCAGGACUGCAAUGACCACUCUCCAGUUUUCAUUCCAUCCGUUUUGAAAGUGGCCCCUUUGUUCGAAAAUAUAACUGUUGGGUCUACUGUUACUCAAGUCACUGCUUUUGAUGCUGAUUCUGGACUAAAUGGACAGUUUGUUUAUAGCAUUAGCCCCGAUUCCGAUGUUCUAGGAGAAUUUUAUAUUGACCAAAGUGGUUUUCUAAAAGUGGCAAAAUCCCUGGAUAGAGAAGCCAUUCCCCAAUACAGCCUAGAGAUCCUAGCAUCUGAUCUAGGUUCUCCUCCUCAAACUGGCAGCACAAUGGUGUUUCUAAAUUUGAUGGAUGUUAAUGAUAAUGGUCCGACAUUGGAACAGUUGUAUACACCCAUAGUUUGGGAGAACACGGAGUGGCCUCAGAACAUACUUAUUAAUGAGACAUCUGAUUUGUUAUAUGCUGUAGACCCGGAUAGUGCAGAGAAUGGACCGCCCUUUACGUUUUCAUUACCCAAUGACUAUCGAAAUUCCUCUGAGUUCCGAUUAAUUGAUCACGGGAACAGCACAGCCUCUAUUCAAACUCUCAGAGCGUUCGACCGAGAACAAGAAAAAACUUUUUUUCUUCCAGUUAUCAUUGCAGAUAGUGGAAAGCCAUCCAGAAGCACCACUAAUGUUUUAAUAAUAACAAUAGGAGAUGAAAAUGAUAAUCCACAUGCAGGAGGUCAUAAAGAUAUUUACAUUUAUACCCAUGGAGCUGUGCGGUCACCAGUGGAGGUUGGAAAAGUCUUUGCUCCAGAUGAAGAUGAUGGGGACCAGAAAACCUUUACCUCUGUACCACACAUGCCUUUGCCAUUUAGACUGAGCCCCAACAACGGGUCACUAAUGAUGAUGGAGAAAGCUGCGGAAGGAACGUACAACUUCAAGAUUAAGGUUUCUGAUGGGAUGUGGCCGGACGUCUUCUCUACUGUAACAAUUCACGUACACGAGAUACAAAGUGAUUCUGUCCAGAGCUCUGUGUCAUUGAGGAUAACUAAUGUUACCUCAGAAGAGUUGAUCGAUAAGGAUGAAUUAGGAGUAAGCCAACUUGACCGACUUCAAACCAUCCUGGCGGAUGUCACUGCAGUCCACCCUAGCAAAAUACAUAUCUUCAGCUUGACCACCACAGAGGGGAAAAUGACCGACCUCAGAUUUGCGGUUUGUGGUUCUUCUUGUUACAAGCCAGAGAUCUUACAGAGCAUCAUUGGAACACAGAGAUACAAGGUCCAAGCAGCCCUGAAAUCAAAUAGAUCCCAUGUCGAGAUUGAUUUCUGUUUUCGUGCCAGCUGUGAGAAUAAAAGUGGCUGCACUUCCCGUGGCACAGUCAGAGCAUUGCCAUCACUCGUGGACAGUGGCAGAGUCUCCUUUGUCUCUGUUCUCACAAAUAUCAACUUGGGGUGCAAAUGUCCAGCUACUAAGAGAGUUCACCAGACGUGCUCUUCACAGCUCCGAAACCCCUGUCUGAAUGCGGGCACCUGUACAACCACUCUCAACGGUUACAGGUGCCACUGUCUCCCUCCAUUCCACGGGCCACUGUGCCAGCAGACAGAGAGAUCCUUCCACGGUAAUGGCUAUGCAUGGUUCCUUCCCAUCAGCCACUGCUCAGAGAGUCAUCUGUCCCUGGAGUUUAUAAGUGAUGUACCAGAUGGACUCUUAAUUUACAGCGGACCUUUAUCCAAUCAGCUUCAAGGAAGCGGGCAGAAUUUCAUGGCUAUUGAAAUUACGAGCGGCGUGCCAAUUCUGAAGAUCAGAGAGGACGGUUCCACCCACCAAAUUCAAUUUCCAGAAUGUGUGAACGUUACUGAUGGGAUGUGGCACCGGAUUGACAUUAGGAUGAAAGGAAAGGAAGUUAAUGUGACUCUGGACCGCUGCAUGUCCGCACUUAUCCACGAAAAGGAAGGUGUUGGGAUGAAGCUAUUAACGGAGGAUCGAUCAAGCUGUGAGAUCCGAGGGCUGAUCACAGAGGACAGAAGAUUUUGGGAUCCCCAUCCGGUGCUGCAGCUGGGAGGAGUGAAGCCAUCGGCUUCCCAUUCUUACCCACUCCUGACACACAAACACUUCAAAGGAUGUCUUCGUAACGUCAUUCUCAACAAACAGAUGUACGAUCUCGGAGCCCCUAUAGAAACCAUAAAUAGCUCUCCCGGCUGUCAGAAAAAGAGUGGUAUUUGUGAAACAUCUGGAUCAUCAUCAUCAUGCGAAGCUCUGUCCAGAUGUGCUGGGGAUCCCGGCUCGACCAGCUGUGAAUGCGUGACUACCCAUAACGAACAUGAAUGUGGAAAAGUUGCGAAGGAACACUACUUUCAUUCAGGCAGCUAUAUUCGUUACCAGUUUCCUCAUGCACUUAAUCCACAAAGGACAUAUUUUCAGACCAGAUUAAGAACACGACAUGCUGAUGGCACAAUCCUGAGCCUGUUUUCAAAAGACCAAACAGAAUACAUUCACCUACAGGUGGCGGAUGGACUUCUGAAGGUCUCAUACAACAUUGGUGAUGGUGAUAACACGGUAAAUCUUCCUGACCACAAGAUUGACACAGGAGAGUGGAAUGAAAUCAGUAUGGAGAGAGUGCACAAUGAAUUCACACUUCGUGUAAAUGGAGGAGGUGGACACCGCGAAAUAACAGAAGGACAUGGAACAUACAAAGAAAUUAAAGUCGAUCCGAGCAAUAUAAUACUUGGAAGUAACAACUUCAACAAACAAAGUUAUCAAGGUUGUUUGAGGGAUGCAAAAUUGAAUAACUACAGACUUCCAAUGGAAAACCAGACUACCGCUCCGUUGUUUAUCAUCAAUAAAAAGGGAGUGAGUGAGGGCUGCUUUUCCGAGGCCUGCAAAAGUAACCCUUGUAGACACGGAUUUAUCUGCACUGACUUGUGGAUGAAACACGAAUGCAGCUGCCCAGCAGGUUACCUACCGAUUGAAAAUACUACAGACCCGCACUGUAUGUACACAGUGUGUGCCAAGCUUCCCUGUAGGCAUGGCACCUGCAUUCCACUCUCGCCAGCCGAAUUUACCUGCCACUGUGCUGAGGGCUAUGUUGGGAAUAUAUGCCACAUCCCGCUGGAAGCUUUUGGACCAGGACUAUGGUUCAGUACUAUAUACAUCAUCUCUACAUGCUUCCUGUCACUCAUCGUUCUAAUGGCUGGCGUUCUGCUGUGGUCUCACUGUAAACGGAAGAAACGGUUAAAUCGGGGAGUUUAUCACGUGUCGGCACACGGUCGAGAGGUGGAAGAUACCAGGCAGAAUAUGUUCCAUUAUAAUGAGGAAGGAGGAGGAAAGGAAGAUCAUGACGCGUUCAACAUGACAGAACUCCAGCUGUCUCUUCGGAGCAGCCCCAUGCACACGCUCCGCAGGAAGACAAGAGAGCGGCAUAUAAAUGGUCCCUUAAGCUGUGAUUAUGAUACGUCUGUCAGCCAGAAGGAGCCGUCACAACUGCCAGCAUCAGAACUGAGCUGUUCUUUUACCAGUGGAGAUUUCAGCCAAUAUUUCUAUGAUGUCUUCCAAGAUGCGGCCUACAUCCAAAGGGCACUGUCCUGCGACAGCUUAAAGGUAUAUAAUCUGGAAGGAGAUGGAUCUUUGGCUGGAAGCCUUAGCACACUGGCAUCAUCUGGCCUAGGAGACGACAUGGAGUACGAAGAAGAGCUGAAACACUGGGGGCCAAAGUUUGUGAAUCUCUGUAAACUUUACUCUUAUACGGAGGAGGAUGAGCUGCAGUGAGAUCCAGAGCUCGUAGCAGGAGAGAGAACAUGUGGAUUCAUGGCCAAGUAAAAUCAACGCACAUCACCUGCUGCGUAUUACAGAUUAUGGUAUUUAAUUAACAUAACGCACGUUUGCAAAAUUAUGUCCCGGUAGUAAGCAACUCAGAUGGUGAUUGAACAAGUUAAAGGGAUGCCGUACCAAAGAACUUACACUCUGUUUAGGUGGAUUCCCUCGCAGCCAAGGGAAAUGUGUAAAUAGUAACCUCACCCAAAUCUUCAGGAACUUUUAUGUCAAUCUCGCUUUGCGAGAGAACUCUCCUAACCGGAGCAGACUUCUUUUAUAGUUGUGCGUGUGUGUCUGUAGAGUUCAGUAGAUUUAGGUUUAUAUUAAGAAAGCAGGCUAGCAACUUGUCUUAACACUUCAAUUGCCAGAGACCCUUCUCAAUGCAAUGGAAGUAAAUGCACCUGGCCUUCGAGAUAUUAAAUGUCACCCACUGGGCCUUGAGAAGAUUAUGGUUAUUAAAACCUAGCAUUGAACAUCAAUGAGACAGUAAUGCUUCAAAUAGACUUUCGUUUCUAUAAAUGGCGGUAUGUAAAGUUGUGGGACAUGGUUCACAGGUCACUAAUAUUGAAGCCGGCAUUUUAUACAGGAAAAUGGACUAUUCCUAUCUAUGCACUGUCUGGUCACUAACCAGAUUUCAAUUGUAGCUGCAUUUUGAUUGGCUGAAAACAGAGUUUUAUAUAAUUUAGCUGUAAAACCAUAUUACUAAAUUUAGACUGAUGAAGAAAAUUUAGAGAGGUACAGAAACUUUCCAAUUCCAUUAACAAGCAUAUAUUUUAUAAGCAGACUUUCAAUUCACUGAUCAGUUUGUAAAUCCCAGAGAAUCAUCUUAAAUGUUAUGUACAUUUCCCCCCACCCCCUUUUACCUGCUACAAUUGGGCUGAGAUUCUUAUAGCACAAAAACGUAUUACAGGCAAGUCCUAUAGCUUUUACAUACAUACAGUGAACUUGUCUCAGGGCUCUAUUACAUGGAGGCCAUUUAUAUUAAGAAGUUACUGGUCCUUUUAAGAAGUUUUUUUUUUUUUUAUGCUGUAGAAGGUCAUGAAUUUAUUUUAACCCGUCUGAAGACAUUUAGGCAAGGUUUACAUUUUUACAAUGUGAAUUAUUUUAUCCCAGGAUCUGUGCCGUACUGUAAUCUGGUCCUCCUGUGUGCGGACGGUGCUGUGGUCUCUCGCACAUCCGUACAAUACUGUGUUUAUGUGCCUUACACAUCUGCAUGUAUUAGCUUGUGCCAAACCCCAUGUAGUUCAAACUCUGUUAGACCAAUAAA